UACAUUUCCCACAAAGCCUCGUCAAUAGCUCGUCUUACACAUCCUGCUCCGGGAAGAUAGCGGGCAAGCAGCCGUCCAAAAAGGCCUAUCAUUUCUAUAAAUUCAUGUAAAAUCAUAUAGUUAUUAAUCAGGCUACGGGAAUUCAUAUUGCUUAAAGCAGCCGCAUCAAAGAAGAGAAAAUGAUCCGCUUCAUCCUGAUCCAGAACCGAGCAGGGAAGACCCGUCUGGCCAAGUGGUACAUGCAGUUUGACGACGAUGAGAAGCAGAAACUGAUUGAGGAGGUGCAUGCUGUGGUGACGGUCCGUGACGCCAAGCACACCAACUUUGUGGAGUUCAGAAACUUCAAAAUCAUCUAUAGGCGCUACGCUGGCCUGUACUUCUGUAUUUGUGUGGACGUGACAGACAACAACCUGGCUUACCUGGAAGGCAUUCACAACUUUGUGGAGGUACUGAAUGAGUAUUUCCACAACGUGUGUGAGUUGGACCUGGUGUUCAACUUCUAUAAGGUGUAUACAGUGGUGGACGAAAUGUUCCUGGCAGGGGAGAUCAGAGAGACAAGUCAGACCAAGGUCCUCAAGCAGCUGCUGAUGCUCCAGUCCCUCGAGUAGAACAGAGCAGCCAUCUUUAAGUGUCCAUUACCCACACCCCAUCAAUAUCACUCUGGAAAAUUCACCAGAAUGUCAGAUAGAAAUGCUAUGUGUAGAACAGGCAUUGUUUUUUAUCAGCCAGAUUUGGGAAACAAGUCAGUUCUACACAUUAAAUUUCUCUCUGGAACAUUAAGGAAUUUACAACUGUCUGAUUAUGCCCCAUAAAGGAUGUCAAUACGCCCUGCAGAUAUGGCCUUUAACAUUCCUUAGUCGCCAGUUCAUGUAAAAUCAUAUGGAAGAGCUUUCAUUGGGUGUUUAUCAAAACGAGAUAAAACCAUCCAGAUUAGAAUAUUUGCAGGGCAGCUAAGUGCUGUACACAGCCCUGCCGAGACUGGUUUCCCCUCGUCAUGAGCUGGAGGCUGUGCUCACUUAAGCCUACACCAGUAGAAUGGACGACGAGGAUGCCACGCUGUUCCGGCAACCCGAGGGACACUACAGUAGCUAACAAGCAUCAUGAAACCCUUAUAUUCUGCUUGCCUGAUCUCCCUGUCUACUGAACACUGCAUGUCUGUCUGGGUGAAUCGUCGUUGGUGCUGCUUUGAAGUCGUUGACCUCUAGUGGUGGAGUGCACUCACCACGAGUGCUGCUAAGAGGUCUGGUAAUGGCAACCUGUGUAAGGUCGUAUACACUCACUGGGUAUUAUGUAGAAUGAGGUUUCCAGGCUUAAAUAAGUCGAUAAUGGCAGGUGUGAUAAGUGUACAGUGAUUGCAUUUCACGUCAGGUAAAUCAGGCAAUGUUUCCUCUCGACAUUUGGUGCUUGUUAGCUAGUUACACCCAGAUAUUUUCACUUAAACACACACAAAUACUUGAGUUGAUGAUAACUAAACAUAAAGAACAAUUGAAAGGAAUUCUAGUUAAUGGAAAUAGUGAAAUAUAUUUACCUAAAGCAGUACUGUGAUGUUUUUUGUAUGGUCUUUAUAUAUAGUGUAUUCUAUGCAUUAUCGUGUGAAACCCGUGUGUGGUCCAUUCCAGGUUUGUCCCUAAGCCUUGUCAUCGGGUGUCACACACAUUUCAAUUUGUGGACAUUUCUCAAUAUUCCCUGGACAACUCACUCGUACAGUGUCAACCAUGAGGCUAAAUCAUGACCAAAACUCCUAAAAGGCACCUCUCUAUUAGGUCUGUGAGAUCAACUUGUAACUCCUCGGUCUUACAUGUCCCAACAACGCAGGUUUAACACAUUACCAUUUUGCUCUGUUAUAAUUUUGUAUUUUUUAUAUUUGUUUUGGCUAUAGUAAAAUGUAUUGCUUCCCCCUGUGAGACUGUUGUUGGAGAAUACUUCAGGUGUUUCUGUUUCCUGUUGCUGAAAUAUCCUGGUCAUUUUAUUCUAGUCAGUGUAUAUAAAAAUAGUAAAACUUAAAAACUCUUGUGA